GCCUGGUAGAAAGGGUUCAUCGCCACUUGAAGUCUGCCUUGCGAGCACGCCUCACUGGCCCCAACUGGGUGCGGGAGCUACCUUGGGUACUUCUGGGAAUUAGAACAGCGCCUAAAGAAGACUUGGGAUGUUCCUCAGCGGAAAUGGUGUAUGGCUCCACUCUUACAGUGCCUGGAGAAUAUAUCCCUGGCUUUGCUGACACACUCUCUGACACCAGUUUACAUCUCCGUCAACUGCGCGACCAAGUACGCUCACUCAUCCCAGUUCCGACAUCUCAGCACGGCACCGCACCUACGUCUGUUCCUCACAAUCUGCUGCAGGCCAAGUUUGUUUUCAUUUGUCGUGACGCUCAUCGCACUCCUCUCCAACUGCCCUAUGAAGGCCCUUUCGAAGUCAUACAUCCUGGUCCCAAAACCUUCCAAGUAGACAUUGGAGGCAAGAGCGAAAUAAUCACAGUAGACCGACUCAAGCCAGCUCACAUGGACCUGGAACAUCCCGUCAAAGUAGCUGAGCCCAGACGUCGUGGACGACCGCCUAAGCAUCCACCAUCUUCGCCUGAUUAUGUACCUCGGAACAAAACCUCUAACGGCGUUCAACCGCAGAGCACCCAUUCAGGUCGUCAAGUCAAGGUCCCACUGCGUUACAUCUCGGUUCCGGGGGAGUGGUGUAGCGGACGGAAGCUGUAUAAUUUGUACACCUCACUAAUUAGCUAGUGUGUUGCGAACCUCGUGACCGAUUGUGUCAUUUCUUACUGGCUUUGGCCAGUUGUGUUUUCUCGUUGUGUCAAGUAGUUAGCUUUUUGCUACAAUACUGUAUUUAUCCCUCAAUUUAUUCACUAUGCUAAGUAGUUUGUUCUCGAUAAUGGCUGCAUUUCUCUUUUGAAGGCAAGUAGACAGUUGAAUAGCCCAUUGAGAGUAGAAUUGAGUAGAUGGCAUGUUCAGGACAGCCGGUGCCAGUGCCAAAGCUUCUCUCAAGGUGUCCUUCGCAUUUUCUCCGUCUUCCAUAUACUAUCUUCUAUGGCACUCACUCAC